GGCUGCGGCGACUUCGGCUUCCCAGAGGGGUAGCCCAGGUCAGGAUGCGGCGGAGUCCCCGCUCAGGCUCGGCCGCAUCCUCUCACAAUCACACACCCAACUUCUACAGCGAGAACAGCAAUAGUUCCCACAGCGCGACUUCGGGGGACAGCAAUGGGCGCCGGUCCGCUGGGCCGGAGCUCGGGGAGCUCGAGGGCACAAGGGCCCGGGGCUCGAGCUGUGGUGAGCCCGCCUUAAGCCCAGGAAUGCCCGGAGGAGACACAUGGGCAGGAAGCUCUCGGCCGACGCUGGCGCCUUGGAGCCACAAUUGGCAGACCGCCUGUGGCGCGGCAACCGUGAGGGGCGGGGCCUCGGAACCGUCUGGAUCUUCUGUAGUCUUGGAGGAACUCAACCAUCUCCCGAUCCUGGAGCUGAGGGAGGAGAUGCCUACCCCGCGGGUGUCCAAGAGCUUCCUGAGCCUCCUCUUUCAGGUGCUGAGCGUGUUGUUAUCCCUGGCAGCCUACGGGCUGGUCUGUGUGUGCAGGGAAAUCUGCUCCAUCCGCUUCCUGUUCACUGCUGUGUCUCUCCUGAGCAUCUUUCUGGCAGCACUCUGGUGGGGGCUCUUGUACCUGAUCCCUCCUUUGGAGAAUGAAUCUACGGAGAUGCUGACUGUAAGCCACUACCACUCCUGGGGCCAGCAACUACAGCAGCUCCAGGCAAAACUGAAUAAACUCCACAAGGAGAUGUCCAGCGUUCGCGUAGCCCACAGUGAGAGAGUGGCCAAGCUCGUGUUCCAGAGGCUGAACGAGGACUUCGUACGCAAGCCUGACUAUGCACUGAGCUCUGUGGGAGCCUCCAUCGACCUGGAGAAGACAUCCAGCGACUACGAGGACCAGAACACUGCCUACUUCUGGAACCGCUUGAGCUUCUGGAACUAUGCUCGCCCACCCUCUGUCAUAUUGGAGCCAUAUGUGUACCCUGGAAAAUGCUGGGCUUUUGAAGGUGAUAAAGGCCAGGUGGUGAUCCAACUGCCAGGUCACGUGCAGUUAAGCGACAUCACCCUGCAGCAUCCUCCACCCACUGUGGCACACACCAGAGGGGCCAGCAGCGCGCCUCGGGACUUUGCAGUCUAUGGGCUCCAAGCUGAUGACAAGACUGAAGUGUUCUUGGGAAAAUUCAUCUUUGAUGUGCAGAAAUCUGAAAUUCAGACUUUCCACCUCCAGAAUGACCCUCCGUCUGCCUUCCCCAAGGUGAAGAUUCAGAUUCUAAGCAACUGGGGCCAUCCCCGCUUCACGUGCUUAUAUCACGUCCGUGCCCAUGGUGUGUGGACCUCAGAGUGGGCAGACAAUAAUGCCACGGGGGUCACAGGGGGACCCCAUUAAAAAUGCAGAUGGUUGGAGUAGAAUCGAGGUUUGUGCUAAAGAAAAGUGUGUUG